AUGACACUGUUGAGCACGCUCUUCGCCCACGACCACGAAGGCAUUGACGGAAUUUCUACCACAACAAGUUGCCAGUUUGUCACGUAUCUGUGCCUAAUUUAUCCUCCCAGGCAAAUCAAGGCCGUCUUGGGUAUUCUGUUCGCCUUCCUGGUCAUACUGCUGGUCGUACUGUGCUACACCCUGUUCACUUUCUUGAAAGCCAACAGUGCGCGCUACAGUGGUAACCAGCGCACAGACAACCCCUGGUACAGAGGAGAGGGCAACAGACGCAAAAUCAACUGCAAUGCCCUCACCAAUCCCGAGGCCGCCUCCAGUUCCAGGACGAAUUCCAUCUCCAACAUCCUCAAGCAGUACGCCACGGCCCGGUUCACCUCCGGCAAUGCCACCUCCACCAAGACCUGCGCCCCCACCACCAAGACAAAUUCCACCACCAAGUGCUCCACCACCAACUGCGCCUCCAACACCCAAACCAGUCCUGCCACCAAGUACACCACCACCGACUGCGCCUCCAACGCCCCAACCAGUCCCGCCACCAAGUACACCGCCACCUACUACGCCUCUAAAGCCCCAACCAGUCCCGCCAUCAAGUACUCCGUCACCGACUGCGCCUCCAACGCCCAAACCAGUCCCGCCAGCAAGUACUCCGUCACCGACUGCGCCUCCAACGCCCAAACCAGUCCCGCCAGCCACUACGCCUCCAAAGCCCCAACCAGUCCCGCCAUCAAGUACUCCGUCACCGACUGCGCCUCCAACGCCCAAACCAGUCCCGCCAUCAAGUACUCCGUCACCGACUGCGCCGCCAACGCCCAAACCAGUCCCGCCACCAAGUACACCACCACCUACUACGCCUCCAACACCCAAACCAGUCCCGCCACCAAGUACCUCACCACCGACUGCGCCUCCAACGCCCAAACCAGUCCCGCCACCAAGUACUCCGUCACCGACUGCGCCUCCAACGCCCAAACCAGUCCCGCCACCAAGUACUCCGUUACCGACUGCGCCUCCAACGCCCCAGCCAGUCCCGCCAUCAAGUACUCCGUCACCGACUGCGCCUCCAACGCCCAAACCAGUCCCGCCACCAAGUACACCACCACCACCGGCUGCAUCUCCAACGCCCCAACCAGUGCCAUCCUCAAGUACACCGCCACCGACUGCGCCUUCAGUGAGCAGUCCAGCACCUCCUUCAACGACCGCACCAAGACCUACACCACCCCCCGUGAAACGACCCUUGGGCGAAGCUCCAUUGUUUUGCACUUUCGGCGUUCACUUGCAAAACUACGACAAGAUCAACGCCGACGCCUGUGACUAUGCCUUCAUUCCGUACUACGUUCGCGGUAAGGACACGUUUACGGACGACAGCGACACGCUCACGCGGAAAUUGCUCAACAAAGCGGUUACAUCGAC